GUUUACUCCAGUCAGGCAGGGGGGCGGGCUUCCGGAAGGAGGUCAUCACAAACAUGGCGUGGAGAGGAUGUCUAUUAAAAUGGGUCAAAACAGAGUUAAUCAGAUCCACCAACACGACAUUACGAAGCUCCAGAGAGAACCCACACUACCAACAGAGGUGCGGUUUCCGUCGGGAAGCCAAACGGCCGGAUACAAAGAAAGGAAAUGUUGUCCAAGAAACUAAAGUUUCCCCCUCGGAGGCUGGCACACAAUCUCUCCCACCUCCUCCCAAACUCCCCCGGCCAUCACUCUUUAAACCGCUGAUGUUCACAGUCGGGUUUACAGGCUGCUCUUUUGGUGCCGCGGCUAUUCUGCAAUAUGAGACCUUGAAGUCACGAGUUCGGACUGCACAAGAUGAAGAAGAGUCCAAAAAAUUGUUCCAGGGGUCUCAGGAUAUGGCGUUCUGGCAUGACUGGUGGAACAAGCUGUCAGACUUCCAGCGACAGCUCAUCCUCCUCAUGUCCAUGGUGGAUGACUUCUGGAGCAGCCUCACGGAGGGACAGAAGACUGUAACAGGCAUCAUUGCAGUGAAUGCUGUAGUCCUGUGUUGCUGGCGGAUCCCUGUGAUGCAAAGAAGCAUGGUUAAGUACUUCACAUCCAGUCCAGCCUCAAAAAAACGGUGCCUUCCUAUGCUUCUGUCCACCUUCAGCCACUACUCCAUUUUCCACAUGGUGGCCAACAUGUAUGUCCUGUGGACAUUCUCAUCAGGAAUCGUCUCCAUCUUAGGAAGGGAGCAGUUUCUUGCAUUCUAUUUAUCGGCUGGUGUGAUUUCCAAUAUGGUCAGCUACACUUGUAAAACUGCAUCCAGAAGUCUCCAUCCAUCAUUAGGAGCAUCAGGUGCUGUUAUGGCAGUACUGGCUGCAGUCUGUGCACAGGUGCCAGAUGCCAAACUGGGCAUAAUCUUCCUCCCCAUGCUGACUUUCACAGCAGGAAACGCUCUGAAAGCACUUAUCGCCAUGGAUACAGCAGGGCUCGUUUUGGGAUGGCGGAUGUUUGACCACGCAGCUCACCUUGGUGGAGCCCUCUUUGGAGUAUGGUAUGUGGCAUAUGGUCACAAACUGAUUUGGAGGAAGAGGGAGCCUCUCGUGAAGCUGUGGCAUGAAGUACGUUCUCCAGGGGCCGGUGGAAAUAGGUCAGGAGGAGGGCCCGGGGUCAGUGGUGGACCUGGACCAAAAUGAGACUCUGCAAAAACUGGAGUCCACAGUUACUCAAGGAUAUGCAAAGAAACUUUUAACAACCAAGAGAGUCGGAUGUUAUUGUUUCAUAAUGCACAUUGAUUUUAUUCAAGGUUAGUAAUGAGCAUAAGGUUAUUAAAUGUCAUUCAGAGACCUGAUAUAUGAACAGGUGAGACAUCACACAUGCUGUUACAAUCCAGAUGUUUACUGUGUGGACUGAUAACAUCUGCUGCCCUUUAAGUAACUCCUUGGAGCUACAAAUUAAAAAUAUCAUCUCUCUACCUCUUAAUGUUCAGACUUCCGGUCGGCUUUUUUUUUUGCUGUCCCUAUUUUUAAAACAGUUGUAUAAAACUCGACAGGAACUGUGUGCGUGAUGAAGUCAAGAGAUUGAAUAAAUUGUGGAAAUCAUUGUAAUAGA